AUGAGGGCCACAUUGCUACCUGUGCUGCUGUUGUGGGCGCUGUGGACUGUGGCGCAGGCACAGGGUGAAGUGACCGCAGUCAAACUGUGUGGCAGGGAGUUCAUCCGCGCUGUGGUGUACACCUGCGGCGGUUCCCGCUGGAGAAGGGUUGUCGAAGAGCGAGAGCUUAGAGGGGUUGAGGACACAGAGGCCCAGAAUUCCCUGGGGCCCCUGGGAGUCAGCCUUGGGAUAGACCGUGCGCAGCGGGACCUGAACCAGAUGCUAACCACCGUGUGUUGCCAGAUGGGCUGCCGAAAGAGCGACCUGGCCUUCCUGUGCUGA